CAACAGGUUUACGCACACGCAGCAGCAGCAGCAGCAGUAGGACCCCAGCAGAGCCAGUGACUCUCUCCAGUGAGCAGUUCCUGCAUCACUUCCCACUCGCAGCGAACAAAAAUCCCACGCAAUCCAAUCAGAGGGACGCACAAAAACGCAACCGACCGACCUGACCGCAGAUACAACGGAAGUUGCUCCAGCCAACACUUUCGCUGAUUCCUCGCUUAAAACAACAACAAAUAAAGUGCACAAAAUAUACUCUCAGCGAGGAUGGGCGCCCACACGAAGACAAGGAUCCAGAGCCGCCUGUUGCUGCUGGCAGUGUUGCUCCUAGGCAGCGCCUGCAGCAGCCUGGCCAGCGGCAGCGGAGUUGGCAGCGGAGUCGGCAGCAGCAGCACCGCCAGCAAUGAGCCGAAUGGCCUCUCCGAGCAGGUGGUGGAGCAGCUCAGCGACAGCGAUCUGUACAACAACAAGCGCGCCUGGCAGUCGCUGCAGAGCUCGUGGGGCAAGCGGAGCAGGGAUGUGGUGCCGGACGUGGAUGGCGACGACAACAUCUACAUGACGGGACACUUUGUGCCGCUGGUGAUCACCGACGGCACCAACACCAUCGACUGGGACACGUUCGAGCGGCUGGCCAGCAACCAGGACAUGCAGCCACAGCUGCAGCAGCAGCAGCAGCAGCAGCAGAGGCAGCAACAGCAGUCGGGCGAGGAUAUGCUGGAGGAUCCGGAGGCGGCUGGCAACAUGGAGAAGCGCGCCUGGAAGAGCAUGAACGUGGCCUGGGGCAAGCGGCGUCAGGCGCAGGGCUGGAACAAGUUCCGCGGCGCUUGGGGCAAGCGCGAACCCACCUGGAACAACCUGAAGGGCAUGUGGGGCAAGCGCGAUCAGUGGCAGAAGCUGCACGGCGGCUGGGGCAAGCGUUCCAUGGCCGCCGGUGCCGCCCUCAACUAAAGGGCAAAACUAAUCCCAGCAAUUAAUCCAGGCAUUUACCCAAACUGUAACUAAUCAAAUAAUAAAUACAAGAUUUAUGUGUGUGUGUGUGUGUUCCCCCCACCUUCCGCAACCCUUUUGAGGAGGGGGAGGAGGAGGAGGAGGUUCCGUUCCGUAGCAUCGUGGCAGCUGCCCCCAGAAGCUGUGGGCUUGUGGGGCGCAACUGAAAGUCAAUUCCGAAAAUGUAUGAAAGCCCGCGAUAGAUAAAGACAUACAAAAUAUAUAUCUAUGUGUGUAUUCCAGAUGCAGGACACAGUAUUAUUAUAAUGCAUAUAAAAUAAAAGAAAAUAAAAUAUAUUUAUCAUCCUCUCAGUAUACCAGAACAAAGGAAUUACAUUAACAUCGCUUUAAUUUAGUGACCGUUAACUUAGUUAAUGAAUUGUGCAUAUAUU